AGGCAGCAUAAACACCGACGGGAAGGCACGUACCCGUAAGGUACGACGAGACUAGGCAACGUAACCGAGGAAGAGGCUGAUCGUUCCACAAAACCCCUACCCACACACCGCCACGAAGAUGAAUAUUCGCUGCGCGAAACCCGACGACCUCAUGAACAUGCAGCACUGCAAUCUGCUGUGUCUGCCGGAAAACUACCAGAUGAAGUACUACUUCUACCACGGCUUGACGUGGCCUCAGGUCAGCUACGUGGCCGAGGACGACAAAGGCAACAUCGUGGGGUACGUGCUGGCGAAGAUGGAGGAGCCCGAACCGGGCGAGGAAAGCACGCACGGUCACAUAACGUCGCUUGCGGUGAAGCGAUCCUACCGGAGACUCGGACUCGCCCAGAAGCUCAUGAACCAGGCCUCGAAGGCGAUGGUGGAGUGCUUUAACGCACAGUACGUCUCGUUGCACGUGCGCAAGUCGAACCGGGCCGCACUCAAUCUGUACACGAACUCGCUUGGGUUUAAGAUACUGGAGAUUGAACCGAAGUACUACGCCGAUGGGGAGGAUGCGUACUCGAUGCGUCGGGAUUUGUCGGAGUUGGUUAGUGGAGCGAACGAGCGACCGCAAGGGGACCGAAAUGAGGGAGCCGAUGGAGACGAGCGCGUGAUCACGAACCACAGAGGUGCCGGGGACCACAAUAAGGUGGGCCAUGCAGGACACGAUGGACACUGUUGCUAGCGUAUAGAAUAGGAGAGUAGGUGGCAGACAUGUAUGGUGGCGCAGGGUUAGCUUUUUAGGACUGAAUGGGUGGUGCGUGUCAGCUGAUGGUGUCAAUAAAAUUCGCAACUA